CUUGCCCAAUUUAGGCAGCGGAAGGCACAAACUGAUGGUCAGAAUGGAUCAAAGAAGCAGAAAAAGAAGAAGAAAACAGCAAACAUCAAAGAUGAAGAAUCAAUACAAGAUGGGAUUGAUACUGAUCAAUCUCGAGGUGAUGAAACAUCCACGUGCAGCAGCCGAAGAGGAGCAGCUGCUACUGCUGACUUUGCUAUUAUCAGGACUUUGCAUAGUGGAGAAAUUAUCAAACACAACCAGACUUACACCAUUGAGCCGGAAAGUGAAAUUUCCACCACAGUAGAAGAUUACAGUUCUGAGGAACUUGGAUUGAUUUAGGAAGAAGAAUUUGGAGUUGGAGAGAUUUGUUCUGAGCAUGGAAUGCAGCACUCUCACACGCAGCUAGAGGUGAUGGAGAAUGAAUUGGCUGGGAAACAGCAAGAGAUCGAAGAGCUAAACAGAGAGCUAGAAGAAAUGAGGGCAGCAUAUGGUACAGAAGGAUUGCAACAGCUGCAAGAAUUUGAAGCUGCUAUCAAAAAAAGAGAUGACAUUAUCACUCAGCUCACUACUAACCUACAGCAGGCACGGAAAGAAAAGGAUGAAACUAUGAGGGAGUUCUUAGAGCUUACUGAACAAAGUCAAAAACUGCAAAUUCAGUUUCAGCAUUUGCAGGCAAGUGAAGCCUUAAGGAACACCAGCCAUAGCUGCACAGCUGCUGAUUUAUUGCAAGCGAAGCAACAGAUACUUUCACAUCAGCAACAGCUAGAAGAACAAGAAUGUCUGCUGAAGAAUUAUCAAAAAAAGAAUGAAGAAUUUGAAGUGCAGAUUACAUGUCUUCAAGACAAAAUCACAACAUAUGAAAUG